GGACAGGCGGGUGUAAGAGGCGCCUAUUUCCGGGGUCCUGCUGCAGUGGCCGGUGGUUGCGGAGAUAGAGGCAGAGAGUGGGUAAGAUGUCCGGCCGGGAAGGAGGCAAGAAGAAACCACUGAAACAGCCUAAAAAAUCAAAUAAGGAAAUGGAUGAGGAUGACAUUGCUUUCAAACAGAAACAGAAGGAGGAGCAGAGAAAGCUUGACGAGUUGAAAGCAAAAGCUUCAGGCAAAGGACCACUCGGUUCUGCAGGUAUUAAGAAAUCAGGCAAGAAAUAACGAGGAACACCAGAAUGUCAAAUGUGCUGACGUUGCAUCACUUCUCUAUCUCCAGAGGACAGAAGAUUAAUACGCAUCCCCUUUUAGUGAUCUUCUGUUUACAUUUCUGCCUUACCUGUAAAUUGUAUAUUUGUUUAAAAUGCCAAUAAAGUCUCAUUCCUGUUUUCUAA